AAUUGACCCGUCGGUGAUUCUUAAUCUCUCCUCUCUGUUCUUCUCCGAUCAAACUUCAUUCCAAAGAACCAACCAUGGAUCUCCAACCAGAAGAGCUUCAGUUCUUGACAAUUCCUCAACUACUUCAAGAAUCAAUCUCAAUCAAGAAACGAUCUCCAAGAACCUUCUACCUCAUAACCCUCUCCUUAAUCUUCCCACUCUCCUUCGCAAUCCUCGCUCAUUCACUCUUCACUCAACCAAUCUUGGCCAAACUCGACAAAUCCGACCCACCAAACUCAGAUCGUUCACGUCAUGAUUGGACUGUUCUUCUAAUCUUCCAGUUCAGCUACUUGAUCUUCCUCUUUGCCUUCUCUCUUCUCUCAACCGCCGCGGUAGUCUUCACCGUCGCUUCUCUUUACACCGGAAAGCCAGUUUCUUUCUCAUCAACUCUCUCUGCAAUUCCAAAAGUCUUUAAAAGACUCUUUAUAACUUUCCUUUGGGUUGCUCUCUUGAUGUUUGCUUAUAACGCAGUGUUCUUUGUCUUCCUUGUGAUGCUUCUCGUAGCUCUUGAUUUGAAUAGUCUAGGUUUAGCUAUUCUAGCGGGAAUCAUAAUCUCUGUUCUUUACUUUGGUGUUCAUGUGUAUUUCACUGCUUUAUGGCAUUUAGGUAGUGUGAUCUCUGUUCUUGAACCGGUUUAUGGAAUCGCCGCUAUGAGAAAAGCUUAUGAGUUGCUUAAAGGGAAGACUAAGUUGGCUAUGGGGUUAGUCUUUGGUUAUCUUUUCCUCUGUGGAUUAAUUGGAGUUGUUUUCGGCGCGGUUGUGGUUCAUGGUGGAGGGAAGUAUGGAACAUUUACUAGGACUUUGGUUGGUGGAUUGUUAGUUGGUGUUCUUGUGAUGGUUAAUCUUGUGGGUUUGUUGGUUCAGAGUGUGUUUUACUAUGUUUGUAAGAGUUAUCAUCAUCAAACGAUCGAUAAGACCGCUUUGUAUGAUCAUCUUGGUGGGUAUCUUGGAGAUUAUGUGCCUCUUAAGAGCAACAUUCAAUUGGAGGAUUUAGACAUUUGAAGAUUGUCAAGAUGAUUCUCUGGUACUGUUUUUCUUCUCUUAUUGUCAUUCUCUCUCUCUUUGUAGUUUGUAAUAUUGGAGAAGAAGAAGAAAAUGUGGAAUCUGAUGAAUAAUAGUUUUAAUGUAAUGUGUAUGUAUUAGACUCAACACUCUUUGUUGUUGUUUUGAUUUGAUUAUUAAUACAUGAUUUGAAUUUAC